GGAGGUUCCUCUUCGUCUAACACCCUCAUCAGAAAUAUCACCGCCACUACAACCACCGACACGACAACCGAGUCAAUUUCAAUAUAUGUCUAAACGACGUUUUAAAGAUGGUUGUAUACCUUUGUCUUCAGAAGUGUCAACACUUCCAAUGACUUACAAUACCCUGUCACCACCAAGAUGUCGAAAAUUAUUGUUUCCUGCAUGCACACAAAAUGCGAAUCCACCUCAAUGUCCAUCAACGCCGAUGAUGGCGACAAGAAUGAACCAUUCUACUGGAGGAAAAUUAUGCAACAAUAAAGGUGAUAUGAUCCCGAAUCAGGAUUGGCAUCAAUUUCAACGGUCAUCACUGCCACCUCCACAACGCCAACAGCAACACCAGCAACAACAACACCAACAAAUGCAGAAUAAUUUUAAUCAUAUUUCAAAGUAUGGAAUACCGUCUAAUCAACUUGUCAAUGGAACUUAUCCCAAUGUCUACGCACCUCCAGUUUAUCCUAUGGCGGGUAAUUCACGUCUACAGUCAGCUGUAAGUCUACAAUCUUUAGAUCAGUUAAAGUCCGUCGGAAUGUUGAAUCAACAAAACAGUCAGAUGGGUGAGAUAACAAUGAAUCACAGAGGUAAUUACUUCCAACAGAAGUCCACUUUACCUUCAUACUACCAGUAUCAACAACCUCUGGUUCCUCGGAGGUCAGAUUCUCUAUCACGACAUCCAGGAAUGCUUAAUUUGGAAAAUUCUAAUGUCAACAGAAGUGAAGUACGUCUAGGGACUACGUCUUUGGAUAAAUCAACUACCACGGGACAUAUGUCAAGAAUUCGACCUAUGGAUAGAAGACGUUAUACCCAGUAUGGAAUUAAUUAUCCUCUAGAGUUUGAAAGCGAUUACAUUAGACAGAGACAACAACAGUCUACAGUGCCGGAGCAACCAUUCAUGGAUUAUUAUUGUUAUCGUAUGCCGACAACGGAUUCUUUUAUGCAUAGUCUGGGUAAAAAGCUGCCAACGCCAUCUCCGUCAUUCUCUUCUGCUUUCCCGUCUACUACUACAAUUCACAAUAAUAAUAAUUAUAAUAAAGAAGGCAUAAUGACUUGUGAAUCAACAUUUCCUGAUGUACAUUCAGAGAGUAAUACUGAUGAACUAGUUAUGCCGUUGAAUAUUAGACGUCGAAGACCAGUCAAUUCAAGAAGGGCUCAUGUUGUCUCAGCUUUUGAGCAAAGUUUGAAUAAUAUGUCCCAACGUCUACAGAAUUUAACGAAUACAACAACAAAGAAAGAUUCCGAAUUGCAUGAAUUAAGAGCUACAAUUGAUGCAUUACGUAGUCAAACAGAAUUAGGACUUUUAAAAAAACCACCAAUCAAUCGACCUUGUGAGCUAAAUCGAUCAAGUACAAAAGAUACAUUAAAACAAGAAAGUGGUGUCAGUGUUGGUGAGCAACAACACACGAUAAACAGGACAAGUUUAACAAAUUCAAAUUUAAGUCUUACAGAUGUAGAAGGUAAUCAGUCACAGGGGGAAAAUUCAACCGAGAGAAGAACAUCAACAUCUGGUACAAAAUCUUCUGGAAGUAAUUCAAAGAAAAAUGGAUGGCUCAGAAAUUCUCUUGGUAAAGCAUUUCGUAAAAAGAGUUCAUCAAUCCAUUCACAAAGUGAUCUUGACUGUCCUACAUCCCCUCAACAUAGCCAUACAUAUCAUUUCCCCAGUGAUAACAAUAGUAACUAUAACUCUGAUAGCCGGCCUACCCUUCCACCUGAUCACCCAUCAAAUUUACCACAAAGUCCAACUAUGGAUCAUAAAGGACUCCAUAUUGCUGUAUGUCAUCAUUCACAGACAAAUUCCAUGACAACUGCUGCACCAUCAUCAUCAUCACCAUCAACUGGAGGAAAUAACGUGUUGUUGUCUGUAAUACCAAAUAAUAAUAAUCAAUUGAAUGGUUUGUCCCCAUCGAAUUCAUCCACUUCUUCUUCAUCAUGGAGUGCAUCUGGAACAAGUGCUGGAGGACAGAGUAAUGCUGUAGAUAAAAAUGAUCGAGUGAAUAAUAAUAAUCCACGGACGUAUCAUUCUCAAUCGGGACAUUCAAAUCAAUCCGGUAUACAGAAUUACUCUGAUUCAGAUAAACAAAUGAAGGUACUGAGCGCUGAUCAUGCUAAAUCUGCACUGACAAACAGUACAAAAUUAGAACCAGAUGAAAAAUCAUGGCAAGAUGAAGUGAAACAUUUGAAAUGUCAACUGGCUGAAAGAGAAUCUAAGCUUACUGAUGUCCAGCUGGAAGCAUUGGCUAGUGCUCAUCAAGUGGACCAAUUGCGUGAUGAAAUGGCACGUCUCUAUUCAGAGCUGAAAUAUCUUCGAACAGAUAAUGAAAGGCUACAGAUACUGGUAUCCCACUUACAAGAUAAUCAAAAAGUUCUCCUCAGUAAUAAUAAUAAUAACACCAUGGUAACGAAUAGUCAACAACAGACUGCUAUCAUGUGUAAUUCUUUGCCACAAGCUAAACUGUCAAGAAAUAUUAAACAUGCUGCUGUCAAUCGGUCAUUGGAUAUUGAUUGUACAGUGUUGGAUAAUAAAUGUCGUAUUACGUCAUUGGAUGAUGACAGGCAAUCAGGUGUUUCAAGGUCUGCAAUCGAAGAAGGCGUGAGUAGUAGUUCAAAUCUAUUCAUUGGACUUCCUGAAAUGACUAACAAUCCAGAAUCCUUAAUUGCUCUUGUAAGCUUGGCUUUAAACAAUUCUGAAGAUGUUGGCCACAAAAAUAAUGAAUACUGUAUCUCUGAUAUCAAAGUUAAUUCAACAUUUAAUAUUGGUAUCAUUGAAUUAAGUAAAUUACAAACAUGGAAAUCAUUAAAUCAUUUACUUAUCAAUCUAUUUGAAUGUUAUGCGUUUUAUUUAAAUUUAAAUUGUCCGCGCGACAUACAAAUUAAUGAAUUAAAACAAUAUUGUAUGCAUGUUAAUGCUUUGAAUUGUACAUGGAAAUUUCAAUUUGAUAAGGAUACAACAAGUCAAUCAGCUCAGUUAAAUGAUAAUAAUUGUCCAUUUGAAAACCCUCAAAAAUUAAAUGAAUUACUUCAAAGUCAUUCAAAUAAUUAUCAAACAAUUGUUCAAUUAUCUAUUGAACAAUUCCCUGUGGAGCGAAAAUUAAAUUCGAAUGAGGCAGGCGUUUAUCAUGAUGAUAUUAAUGAGAAUUUAUUGAGCACAUCGAAGAAUUUCAAUAAUUUCAUUAUGAAAACUUUAUUAAAUCGAGAUAUUUUAUAUUUUUAUUUAAAAUUAUUGCUUACAUAUCAUUUUAUAAUAUUCUAUGGUACUGAUGAAAUAUUUAUGAAAACCAUCAGUCAAUCAAUAUGUGAUUAUAUUUGUACUACAGUAAGUACAUCAGUGAAAGUUUGCCGCUUCAAUUUUUCUGAUGGACUGCACACAGUGGAUCAGUUAAUCGAUUGUAUAACUCAAUAUAUCAAUGAUUCAAACCAAUUGUCAAUUGAUAACACGAAUGAACAGUCAUCUAGCUGGUGGUUGAUUGUAUUCAUUGAAUCAAUGCAUCAAAUUUCUCAAGAGCAGUUAUAUCAGAUUAUUAACUGUUUUAAAGCUGUGCAUUCCAAGCAUUCAGAAGAAGAUACGACUAAGAGGUGUCGGAUUUAUCUAAUCGGACUAUGGAUGGAAACAACAUCACUUCCAAUUUCCCUUGAAAAUCCUUCAGAAUCAUCAUCAUCACCGCCGUCGACAUCAGUGCACACAAUCCCCUAUCCAGACAGUUUCCAUUUCUACACUCCUGUACAGUGUUUAGACAAAACAGUCUGUUGGAUUAAGUCAGAGCAUUCGUUGAGUCGUUUACGCAUGAUACGUUAUUUGAAAAAGCAUCUUGUACAUUCAUUCGUAGAGAAAUUUCAAUGCCAACAAUAUAUGCCAACAUUAUCAAAUCCCAUGGUGCUUUUUUCUCAAGAUCAUUUGGAAAUAUUUUUAUAUCAAAUCCAGUGCUUUGAAGAUCUUAUCCAAUGGAUUGAACAGGUCUGUAUUCGUGUCGAUCAGUUUCUAAACGAUGUACAAAACUCUAAUGAAAAUUCAACCACCGGUCAUCACCAUCAACAUUUCCUCAAUCCAUCAAUAUUUCUAAACCUUCCUUUCAAUGACCCCGUCAACUGUGAAUCUUGGUUUACCGAUAUAUGGAACAAGGAGAUAGUUGAAUUAGUUCAGAAGAUCCUUUCACCCUUGAAAAAAAGCAGUCAUAACUCUUCAAACUAUGCAAGUCUUUCCGAUCCAACCGAAUGGGUUCUAUCCACAUGGCCAUGGCAUAAAAUUGAUGCUGCGAAACUUUCAAGUGAAGUAGAUCGUCUAGGCAGGCAGUCUAAAUCACUGAUACGAUUUACAGAAUUCUAUCAAACUUGA